GAUGGCAGCCACUAUGAACACACUUUCGCGAAAUUUCAUCAAAUUCACCAACAUUUGGCGUUCUAAUCAGUGUUUAACACGCGAUGUCACUCAAAAUGUAUGCCAAAGAUCAUCAUCGUUGAUUCGCGCGUUUGUUUCUCGCAAACGAUUUAUAUGCAGUGGACAAAGAACAUUUUCAUCUGUAUCCACAACUGAUUCACAGGAGGCAGAUUCUAAAGAAAAGAAAGCUAAUGAUGAAUUUUCAAUGGAGCAGUUGGAAUCAAUCUUACAAGAACAGUCAAAUGAACUUGACAAGGAUAUGGUAGAUAUGCCUGAAUGCGACAUGAAAAACCCAUAUGAGAAGCCGCAUAAAAAGUGUGUCAUUUGCCAGUAUAAUAUUGAACUAGAUUAUAAAAAUUCAAAGUUACUAAGUCAGUUUGUCUCUCCUUAUACUGGGCGCAUUUUUGGCAGGCAUAUUACCGGACUCUGCAGACCGAUGCAGGGCAGAAUAUCACAUUUGAUAAGGACGGCAAGAAGAUUUGGUUACAUGCCACUGAUGUUCAAGGAUUCCUCCUAUCUAAGUGAUCCAUCUCUGUUCGACCCAUUCAAAAGAGUGAAACACAACGAAAGUGAAAGCUAGGGACGCUAUCGAUCACUUUUUUGUAGAAAAGACUUUGUGAUUCUGUGUGAAAAGAUUUUCGUAGAUUUGUAAGUGCAGAAUUAUAUAACAUCUGACGUUGAUGACGCUUGUGUGAAAUAAAGAUGUCACUAACUCCUGCAACUUGAUAUUUUUAAAUGCCACCAUUACGGUCCUGAGCCGUCACUGUCAACACCUCUGUUGUGACUCCAGCUCUCUCUGCAUCGCAGGCUGCAACAUCCAAUACACCUUUCCAGAAAUGGGGCGCUGAGUGUCCGAAAUAGUGAUGUCAUAAGGGGAAACUAGGCCUUAUGGUGGAGGGACAAAGGAGAUAGUCAUGGUUGACCAACACACUUGAAUGCCUUUGAUGACGGACAAAGGGGAAAAAGUUAGUUCCAAUGCAAGCCACCAAUUUCGGGAAGCAUGUAUAAUGACAUUCUUGUGCACUGAUAUAGUUGGAAAUUUACUAUUUCAACAGACGUAGAUUCUAUAUGAAAUCACUUAAUCUGACUUACAUUUGUCUCGAAAAUCUUCAGGCUUCACCUUGUGCUCCACUAUCAGUGAUUGUAAACAUGGUUGUAUGUACGGUGUGUAUUUGUAAAUAAAAAAGACCA